UCGGAGGGAAAACACACCAGGAACGCAAAAAGUGUAGAGACGAGAAAAACUCUGCAGAGAAGUGGAAAUGAAAGUGAGGACUGUGCGUUGGGACUAUGUUUAGAUUCAAGAAUGAGGCGAGGAAGAAGCCAGCGCGCCAGCUUCAGUGACGACUAUGUGAGAAUCCCCGACUGAAGUCAUGGGUUCAGAGGCCAUGGAAGACUGUGUCCAGGGGGCGCUCUCGUCUCUGUACCCCCCGUUCGAGAGCACCGCCCCUCCUCUCCUCUCACAGGUUUUCUCGGUGCUGGAGUCGACGUAUCAACACGACAGUCUGAGGUACCUCCUGGAUUAUUUUGUCCCGGCCAAACAUCUAUUAAACAAACUACAGCAGCACGCAUGUGCCCAGUACACCGGCUGCCUGUUCCUCCACUCGGGGUGGCCUCUGUGUCUGGGGGAGCAGGUUGUCGUCCAGUUGUCGACUCUGGACUGGAGGCUCCUGCGCAGUAACGACUUCUACCUGCAGGUGGUGCCGUUCUCCACCCGCUGCCCCCGACUGGCCCUGAAGUGUUUGGCCCCCGGGGGCCGCACGGUCCAGGAGAUUCUGGUCCCCGAGUCGCAGCAUCCGCUGGUUUUCACGUCCGAGUGGCUCCACAGCAUCAACAAAGAACGAGGGCACAAGAGAGAAGUUGGCGGCGGUCUGGACACAUGCCUCGUCAGCACGUGCGACGGCGUGGUGCGUCUGCCUUGGAAGGAGGUCGUUUACCCCAAAUUCAUCCACGACCCCACCGCCGACCUCGUGUCCGACCCCGGCGCCUCCUUAUCGGACCGACUCCCCAGCGACGGAGGCUGGGGCUGCUCCUCCUCCGGGGAAAUCGACUCCUUCUCCUGGGACGAAGAGGACGACGACCACGCCUCCCUGGAGCUCGGGUCCGGCGUCGCGCGAAGACGGAGCAGCGAGGACGGACUCGGGAGAACGGCGAGGCCUCCGCACCUCGACGGGGACUACGUGGAACUGCUGGAGCCGAGACUAGGGCCGGACGGCGGGGUGGACAACAAACAGCGGUACCUGGAGAUGCACGCCAUUUCCAAAACCAAAACGCUGCCGUUGAUCCGCAGAGGGAAAGCGAUAAAACUGAAGAAAGGAAAAACGUACGGAUCAGGGAGUUUUCGAGCGGCACGGAGUAAAGACACAACAUCGUCUAAGGAAAAUCUAACGCCGCGACUUCCGCUGCGACCGAUUGAACACAGAGUUAAACCGUAUUCGUCGUCCGUUCAGGAUUCGGACGAGAGCGAUCGAACGAGCAAAGACUCCGAAACUUUGGACAGAAACGGGAUUAAGUUUGAAGCCGUUUAUCGAGAAAGAAAACCAGGCGUCGGGAAAGAGAGAGACAGUAACGGAAGUGCGAACAUGGACGGGAAAGACAAAACGAGCGAACUGCCAGACGUCAACGCCGCCGCAGAAGGACAAUCGGACGUGUCGGACUCGGUGUUUGAGGAGACGGACAAACCGCUGACCGGAGAGAGCGACGCCACGACCACCACGACCACCACGCCCACGUCGGACACAACGGACGCCACGUUUACGACUCGCAACGACAAAUCUACAAAGUGCAAUAGUACAAAAACAAAAGGACUUUUACCGAAGAAACCUGGACUUAGCAGCAGCUCAUGUGACGUGAAAGUGACAGAAGAAGAAGAGGAGGAGGAGGAGGAGGAGCAGAGGAGGAGGACAGAGGAGCGAGUGUGUCCGAGGGGGAAGGAGGUCAAAACGACAGGAUUCAGAGCUCCGAGGAGGAAGAGGAGGGGCCGAGGGGCCAAAGCCCGGGGCCGGUCCGGGGGGCGGGGCCAUCAGAGAGGAGUGAGAGCUCAGACUAGAGCCGCUGCUCGCUCCACUGCCCCGAGUGACAAGAACAGAACAGAGGAGAGGAAACCUGAGACAACAACAACAAACACGACUGAAACGAAGACGGAUGACGAGGUUAAAGUUUUGUGUAAUGGACAAGCUGCUUCUGUCUCGAGUCCUUCAUCAAACCACUGCAAAGACGAGCACGGCCCGACCGACGCGGGGCAGAUGAACGGCGUCUCGUCUAAAAACCCGCCCUCGCUUCAGGAGCUGGAGCCACAGCUGCUGCAGUCGGGAAAACUCAAACUCACAGGGACAGUGGACAGACUGGGACGAGCUCUGGUUUUCACCGACACAGAGACGUCAGAAGAAGGAUUCACCGAAGAAGAGAUGACCCGAGUCCUGCUCUGUUAUCACCACAUCACCAGCCCUGCAGCCAAAGAAAAGGGUCUCACGCUCAUCAUGGAUAGCCGCCGCGCCCCGCCCUCCCCCGUCCUCCUCGCCGCGCUUAAACUCUUCCAGGAGCAGGUUCCCGGGGGUCUGGGGUCGGUUCUGGUUUUGGUUGAGGAGAAUCAGGAGCCGCUCGGUCUGAACCUGGAGGGAACGGAGCUCCACGCGGUCAGAGGCGUCGGCGUCCUGCAGCAGUACGUCGACAAACAGCAGCUCCUCAGAGAACUGCAGGGAGAGUUCACCCACAGCCACUCGGACUGGCUCAGCUUCAGACUGAGUCUGGAGAGUUUGACAGAGCGAUGUGAGAGCGCCCUCGAGCUGCUGGGAGGAGCACUGCAGUCUAUGGAAACACAGAGAAUGCCCAAUAACAUUCAGGCGGUUCCUCAGAGCAUCUCUCAGCACAAGGAGCUCAUGUCCAGCGUUCUGGCCGAUCAGCGUCUCACAGAGCUGCAGCGGAGGGGCGGGGCUUGGCUCGCCGGGUUGGCCAAUAGUUCGACGGGGAUGGCACAGAGGUCACCAGACUGCAGAUCUGCUCUGGCGGCGACGUCCAAACUCUACGACAGCGUGGACGACGCCCUCCACCGCCUCGUCCAAGUGUCCAACCAGAGAGGCUGCGACCUGGACAAGCUGGGACGCCUCGCCGCGCUCGUCCACAAACUGGACAAAUGUGAUAAGGACAUCGAGAGUGUCCAGUCCCAGCUGCAGGACUUCAGAGACCCUCCUCUGUCCCUCAGCAGACUGUCCCUGAAGCAGCAGAAGUUCAAGACGUUCAGAGAGUCGGCCAACGACCUGCACAGUGAGACUUUGUCCGUCCUGUCUGACCUGGAGACCUGGUCUGAGCUGGACUGGGCCGGACUGAACCAGGUCCAGAUCCGACUGCCCCCGGUGCGAGAGAGACUGAGGGACAUGUCCCACUGUCUGUCCGACUGUUGGACCACUCUGGACAACACUCAGAGGCUGCUGUCCACUCUGACCGAGGCGACUCAAUGGUGCGACGCCGUGUCCUCGCCGUCCGCCGCCACCUGCCCCCUGGCGUCCCUGCCGCCGAUCCCGCCCUCUCGUUUCCAGGACGCCCGCGCUCUGGCCCUGGAGCUGGGCGGGGGGCAGCUGCUCGACCUCUGGACCCAAACCGUGGAGCGAUACCAGAGAACCGUCGCCCAUGUCAAACCGCGCUUCCUCCAGUCGGACCGGAGCCACCACCAGAACCAGGGGAAGCCCAAGACGCCGUCGGCGAGCAGCGCGUGGGACCUGCUGGGGCCGGAGGGCGAGGGCGAGUGGGGCGGGGGCGACGGCGGGCUGCAGUCCUGGGGGUCCCUGGCGUCGCUCUUCAGGCCCCAGACGUGUUCGACGCUGAAGAUCGGAGACGAGAAAGGAAACAGGAAAGAAGCGACGAACGCCGGAGCAGGAGGCGGGAACUUUCUGCACAAUCUACUCAACCCGAAGAAGAGCCCGACAGAGUCGUCCGUUCCGCAGAAGCCGGUUCGAAAGCGUCACCCGAGCUUCGACCUCCAGGCGCUGCUCGCCCCGCGCCGCGGCGCCGCGUCCCCCAAACCCCUGGAUUCCCCCGGGGGCGGGGCCAGCCGACACUCCCCCAUGUCGUGGCUCGGGCGCAGGACGCCGGCGGACCCGGUCGUGGCGACGGCGAUGGCGGCGGCCGUGCCCGGGUGGGGCGGCGCGGGGGGAGGCGGCGUGCUCAUCAGGGGGGUGGAGGUCAGCAGUAAAGAGGUGGUGGAUCACACGGGGUCACCGCGGCAACACGUCCUCCUGAGCCGAGCGGAGAGAGAGAUGGGGUCAGCGGAGAGAGGAGGGGCCACGCCGCAGAGUAAACUGUACCUGCUGUGGUGCCGGAUGCUGAGCUCGGAGCGUCAGUACGUGGCGAUGUUAAAGGGGGUGGAGGAGACGUACCUGCCCCUCCUCCAUCUGUCCGACGCUCCCGCCUCCAUCAGGGGCAAAGACGACGCCCUGUUCCCCUACUGGACCGCCCUCUGCAACUUCCACUCGCAGUACCUCCUCCCGGCCAUGGAGGGCGCCCUGGUGCAGAGUCUGCUACAGCAGGACUGCUUCAGCAAAUAUAGGGAUCAGUUCAUGGAUUAUUCUCAGUUCAUCAGAUCUAAACCCGACCUGGACUCAGCUCUGGUGUCACAGGCUGCAGACUUUUUCAAGUCGAAGCUUCCUCUGGCUUCUCCCUUGUCUCCUCUGUCCUUCCCUCACUGCCUUCAGGCCCCGGUGCAGCGUUUGGAGCAGUACUGCGCCGCCCUAGAGGAGCUGGGAGGGAUAAACCCCGCCUCCGACUCCGCCCUCUCCGUCCUGAGACACGCCCAGCGCCACGGAGACGACCUGCGCGCCAGUGACCUCAUCGUGGGCUGCCCGAUGCCCGCGGCGGAGCGAGGGGAGCUGGUGCGUCACGGCGUCCUCACCGUUUGUGGAGGUCCUCGGAGGAAGUGGAGCGGCGUCAGAAACGUUUUCCUCUAUCAGAACGUCCUGAUCUUCACGAAACUCAAGAGCCCCGCCCCCGGACGCUCCGCCUACAGCUACAAACACAGCGUCAAGACGGGGGAGAUGGGUUUGACUCAGAGCGUUGGAGACGACGGUUUGAAGUUCGAGGUUUGGGUUCGUUCGGUUCCUCGCUCCAAAGAUUACGUCACUCUGCAGGCGCCAGACCGGGACAGUAAAGAGGCGUGGACCCGUGACCUGGCGCACCUGCUGUGGACGCACGCCAUCAACAACACAGAGUUGUGUCUGAAGGAGUCGUUGUGUAUGGGUGUGUCCAGUAAACUGCUGCUGGACGCCACAGGGACACAGACCAACGAACUGGACACUAUGAGCACCAUGAGCGACAGAGUGCACAGCAGCUGCUCCGACUCCUCGUCCGUGGGGAGUCAGAUGGACGGAGACGCAGGACGAGACCACAGGGGGCGCUGUGGGUCCACGGGCUGCUCACAGUCUCCUUCCACGGCCGUAUAACUGUCGCCUCAAUAACUAUCUGUUCCUCGAGUGUCGCACCUGAAAACUCCAACGACGCGGUUCAAGAACUCAUUUUCAUCUCAGAAUGGAACCAAAUACCACCCGACGUAGUUUGAACUCUGACUUUGGACAUGUCUCGUCCAUCAGCGUCGUGUCCACGGGGAGUUUGGGAUUAACCAGAAGCAGAAGCAGAAUGUAUAAACUGGAUGAACAUUUGUGGCACUUACAGACUCUAAACAGACUCCAGAGUUUUGGGAAUUUCCUCCAAAUGACCAAAAACUCUUUUAUUAUUUCCCCAAAUCUCCAAAGAAAAGCUGCCUCCAAAAACACAAGUGCUCAGAUGCUCCUGUUUAGCCUGUGUCAAACGCCAGCGGGGCUCUCCUCCUCCUCCUCCUCCUCCUCUUCUUCCUCUUUCUCCGCUCCUUCUCUCCGCCGUCCGCCAUCUUGGAUCUUCCGUCUCAGUUUCCCGCAGAGUCACGGACACCAAAGGCACUCGAGGAGCACAGAGCGGCCAUUGUUUGCCCCGCGGAUCCGCCUCUAAAGCCAAACCACUCUCCACGGGCCAAUGAUGGAGCGACGCCUUCACUGCACACGUCACAUGACCCCAAACAGGAAGUAAACAGGAAGUAAACAGGAAGUAAACAUAUGAAUAAUGCACUUGUCACAUUAACACAUUAUGAAGCUCAACAGUCCCAGUGAUAUUUAACCCUGUCACGCUCCAAAAGUCCAUUUUUAUUUUCAUUUUCCCAUUAAAAAACUCAGAUAUUAAGAGUUUAAACAGAGACGGACCAACCGGACGGCGCCACGUUAGAAAAACAUGUGAUUAACGAUGUUUCCGGACGGUGAUAAUGACAUUCUCACAAUAUUUUAAUACACUUUUAUUUAUAGUUCAGCUCAAUUAAAACAAAACAUGUACACGCUCUGAGUUACUGAUCAAAAAACUGUGCCAAAAAUAAAAAUGUAAUAGGCUCUGUACACUUUAGCACGCUAGCUAGCUCACUGCGUCUCAAAGCUAACACUCACUUUUAUUAAACUCUGAAAAAAGAAAAUAAACAACUGAUUAACAUUCACAUAAAGGCUACAAUGAUCUUAUAUGUGGAAUACUUCAGUUUGUGGUGUCGUAAUAUUUAUGAUGCCUUAAAAUUAGCAUUAGCAUUAGCGUUAGCAUUGAGACACAAACACGUCUCUUUCUAAACACAGAAAUGUCUUUGGUGAAGUGUUAAUUUAAUUUGUGUUUAACAUGUGACAGUGACAUCCACCUGUCUGACCCUGACCCCCGAACCCUCCGACCUCUGACCCCUGACCCACCUGCAGCUCCCUGUCCACUGUCUGACCUUUAAGUAUUUAUUCAUUUUAGCGUGACUCGGCAAAAAGAUACAGGGAGUAGUGACGCUAAAAGAAAAUAGUGACGCUAACAGGAAGUAGUGACGCUAACAGGAAGUAGUGACGCUAACAGGAAGUAGUGGCCUGUGAGUGCUGUUGUGUACAGAGCCUAUAGAAACUAAAUAAAGCCCAAAGAAGUCAAAUGUCGCCCAAUAAGGAAACGUGGGAUUAAAGUUUGUGAUGAUCAUGUUUAUAUCAUAAUGUGCAGCUCUGGUCACUGCUCUGGUCACGUCUGUGGUCACUCCUGUGGUCACUGCUCUGGUCACUCCUGUGGUCACUCCCGUGGUCACUCCUGUGGUCACUCCUGUGGUCACUCCUGUGGUCACUCCUGUGGUCACUCCUGUGGUCACUCCUGUGGUCACUCCUGUGGUCCAGAGCUCACAGCUGACCAGACUUCAGUGUUCUAAAAGCCCCAGUAAACCCCAGAGUCUCCACACAGUGAGUCCUGUGUGCAGUGGUAUGCUAGCACUAGCACGCGCGUGCGCUCGUAUGCUAGUCAUGUUUGAUUAAGCUAAUGCUAUUACGCAGGAUUAACCAGUGUGUGCCAAAGUGAUUAUGCUGCUGUGGAAGUGAACAAACUGUAAAUAAAACUCCAGUUUAUGAAAGUCAGAACAAUUCAACAGAAACAUCCACGUUUCCCUCACGAUUUACUCACAACCUUUAAAAUAAAAGACACCUGCUCGUCUCCAUGGAGAUGUUUUUGCUUUGCCUGUAAUUUUCCUCAGAGUGGCAUUAAAGAGGAGCUGCCACCGGGUCAAGUGACAUGUCAGGUGUGUGGAGCGGCGUCCUCACAGAACAGGAUCCUCAAAGGUUUGUUUUGGGUUUUUUGCAAUAGAAAAUACUUGUGAGAUAUACAAGUUUAAUGCCAUACUGUGGAACAUUCCAGACAAAGCAAUGACGGGUCCUUGUGUUUGUUCUGGAGUUUGACGCGUCUCGUUCAGGGUUGAGUUUGUGUCAGACGUUUAAAGUUUAAACCUCACACACUCCAGAGAUGGAGGGAUGAGGAAGGACUGAGUGUGCGCUGUGUUUCUGUUGUGUUUCUGUUGUGUUUUUACUGUGUUUCUGUUGUGUUUCUGUUGUGUUUCUGUUGUGUUUUUACUGUGUUUCUGUUGUGUUUUUGUUGUGUUUUUGUUGUGUUUCUGUUGUGUUUGCUCAGUCAACACAAAGCUCAUCCAAAGAACUUUUCAAUCAAACAUACGGCACUAGACACGGCUCACAGUAGAACAUUUAGAAGAACAUUUAAAAGAACAAUCAGAAGAACAAUCAGAAGAACCUCUCAGGUGUUCAGUCCUGGUUUAGUCCUGGUUCAGUCCUGGUCUAGUCCUGGUUUAGUCCUGGUUCAGUCCUGGUUCAGUCCUGGUCUAGUCCUGGUUUAGUCCUGGUUCAGUCCUGGUCUAGUCCUGGUUCAGUCCUGGUUCAGUCCUGGUUCAGUCCUGGUUUAGUCCUGGUUUAUGUUUCAUAUCUCGUCUUCCUUUUUACUGAACUAAAGUGGCAUCUGUUUCAUUAGGGUCAAAAUCACAGUCUGUUUAUAUAAAUGCACAUAGCUAACAUGCUAACGCCGCGAUACAAACAGGAAGUGAUCAUGUGCGACUUCCUGCUCCAUCGACUCAUUCUGGUCUUAAAUGUUCGUAUUAACCCUCGACAUGAUCCUGGGGUUUUUAUUUCACUCUUGUGUCUGUAAAUCUUUAAUCACAGACACGUCAGGCGUUGUUAGCUUUAGCCACAGGUUUGAUUUGACGAGGUUAAACUUUUGUGGAUCAUGAAUUUGAAGAUUUAUUUCAAAAACGGCGACUCUCAGAUGAUCCACACCAGUUGUUUCCACACAGUCCUCAUACAGUGCUCCUUGUGGUUGCUUCUUAAUGGUUCUCAUCCAACAUAAAUGCGUUUAAAGCUGGACUGUGUAACUUUUCUGCUGGGUCUGCCGCCUGCUGUUCCCCACGGAGCUGCGUCUGGAAUGUUCCACAAUAGGGCUUCGCUCUUAAUCCGUUUCCAUGGAGAUAAGCAGGUCCUGCCGUUACAUUUCUGAUGUAUUCAGGAGAAAUACAAACCCCGAGACAAAGUCAAAGCUUUACUGUGGAACAUUCCAGAGAAAGUAAAAAACGUUUCCACGGAGACGAGCAGCUGGUGAACCUCCCAUCAUAAAAGUUACACAGUGCAGCUUUACAU